GCCACAGUUGAGGCGACCGACAUCGAGUAGUUCUACAGCACACUACACGUACCUGAGAGACCACUUGCUGCCAUUGGCUUCAUACUUUGUCAGCUAUGGCUAGAGACACUCUAGAAGAUGAGAAUGGAAUUCCGCUGAUUCAAGGCAGCAGGAAUGACGCACCGCUACAUCGCUCUGAUGGCAAACGGCUGAAAGCUCCACAACCACGCAAAGCUCAGCGUGGUCAGAAAAAGAAGAAGAAGCCUGCUCCUUCAGCAGACAAUACUGGCAACACAAUGGAAGCAAGUUCUUCGGAACAACAGGCAAGCACGGCGUCGUCGACUCGCAAGAAGCCUGCCAAGAAACAAGCAUUGCCAGCAUUUGACACCCUCCAGUCUGGAAACAUCACAGCCUCCGUCAUUCCACCAAAGAGCAGCAAAGCUUCUUAUCCAAAUGAGGAAAGUGGUAUUGUAGAGACUACCACUCAAGACAGAAUCGAGGAAGUGCUCAAGCGUACACCAACACGCACGAGUCAGGUGGUCACAAAACCUCUCCAGGCGUCCGCUGCAAGUAUACGAGAAAGAGAUAUUGGUCAGCUCAAGCGACGAUACGCAAAGGGACUUAGUGAAGAAGGCGAUCGUUUUCACGUCCCUUUCGUGCCCUCUGACCCAGACUUUCCCUAUGAUGUGCCGAAUCUGGUCGUCUCCUUGCACGUUCCACAAGACUACCCAAGCGGACUUGUCGAGCUCCACGUCAAAUCCGGCCUCGAGAUUGGCUUUGCUCGUAACAUUGAGCGAGAGUUUGAGAAUGAGCGAGUUGGUGUCGCUUCAGGACGUGGCUUGCUUGGCAUGCUGACCUGGCUUGACCGCAACUUGGAGCGUUUGUUGGCAUUGAAAAAGUCAAACACCGUCAAGAUUGUUCGACAUCACGCGCCAUUGCCGGAAGAACAGGAUGAUCAGGAUAGUUCUUCUGAAAGUGAUGGGGAUGAUUCAGCGGCCUACCGAUUGCCCAUCAAGUUUUGGACAUUCCAUGAGAAGCAAGAAGCUGCUGCUCAGCGAGAGGCAGAGGUCGCAAGGCUCAAAACGCGAUUGAAUCCUCAGGCUGCGACGGAAGACACAUUCGAUAUUCAGCUCGAACAAGUCAGCGUACGUCUACAUGUACCUGCUCUUUACCCUCUUGAGCCAUGCUGGAUCUUGGUUCUGCAGGGUGACGAGAACAUUGAAGCGCCUGCCAAUUGCGAACUGAGAAAAGCGUCACGCGAUCUUGUCAGACAGAUGAAUUGGAUCUUGGCGAAUCUCAAGCUGCUUGCAAAGCAGGGUGCUGAAGAGAGUGAGCUGCUGCAGGCACAACUGGAGUCCGAGCGAGAAGCGUAUCGGCUUGCACAAUCGAAGGCAGGAAAUUCUGCGGAGACUUGGUCGGCCGAACAUGAUGGUUUUCGGCCCGUUGUAGGGUUCAGCUAUUCAGUCUCCGAACAGCAAGAAGAUCCCUCCAGCAGUGCAAAUGAAGAUUGCCCGGAAGAUGUCGUUGACGAAGACUUCAAAAAGGUGGGCAUCACAGACAGAACGACACAAGCUGAUAGGGGCACUGCGAUUGACUGUUCUGUAUCGAUGCGAGGAAUUUCUACAUUCGAAGCCACCAGCAUCACACUGACUGUCAAAUGUCAUCGCUGCAAAGCCAAUACCAUCCAAGUCAACGAUAUCAAGCCAGUCAAGCCAACACAGAUUGCGUGUCCACAUUGCAUGAGUGUCAUGUCCAUCGGUCUUCGCCCACUGCUAGUUCAUGCCGGCAAUCUCAAGCGUAUCGGCUACCUUGAUCUUGAAGGUUGUUCUGCCACCCUUGUCGGUCUGGUCUCCCUUUCAGCUGCUUGCGCUGAGUGUCCUGUCCCAGACGAGCCAGCAGACCAGCAAGCACAGAUAUUCACAGGCGUCGGUACUGGACAGGCACAGACAAAACCAUGCAGGCUAUGUCAUGCAAAACUACACCUUGAACUCAAUCACUUCCACUUCUUGACGCUGUCAAACACAUACCCGAGACCAGGAACGCGACUCGGUCGCAUCACAGAUACACAACCAGCUGCUAUCCCCAAAGGUGCCAAUAAGAGUGCUCUUCGACAGGCUAGUAAGCAUAAAGGACAGUCAUUACCUGACUUUGGACUGUGCCGACACUAUCGUCGGUCAUUCAGAUGGUUCAGAUUCCCUUGCUGUCGUCGUGUUUUCGCUUGCGAUCUAUGCCAUGAUCUCCUGGCUGGGGCUGCACCGAUUUCACAAACACAAGGAGGUGCAGGGAGUGCCUCAAUGCCUAUUCAGGUGGCGGGAGUCGCGAGUGGCAAGCAUCGGCAUGAACUGGCCAAUUUCCAAAUCUGUGGGUUUUGCUCGACUGAAGCGCCGGUGAAUCCACAAGCGCACUGUCAUGCGUGUGGUGCAUCGCUUGUGAAGCCUGGCAGUGCACCGGGGACGUUGGGAAGUGGAUUCUGGGAAGGUGGCGAAGGAACACGAGAUCAACGAUUGAUGAACAGACACGACAAGAGAAAGCAUCGGAAAAAGAUUUGACGGAGUAAAUAGAAAUCAAGCAAAAGCAAACAUACAAGACAAGAUAAA